AUGACAACGAACAACCCAAAAGCAAGAAGGGUCUGUUUUUCAUACGCGGCGUAUGCCAAGAAUCUCAUCCACCACCUCAAAUCCGCCGAUAUUCCGGUGGAACAAGGCCUUUCCGACGUAGAAAUCUCCGCCCUGGAAUCGGAUUUCCGCUUCACAUUCCCCCCGGAUCUCCGGUCUAUCCUCCGAGAAGGCCUCCCCGUCGGCCCCGGUUUCCCCAACUGGCGAUCAUCCUCGCGUCAACAGCUUGAGAUCAUCAUCAAUCUCCCGAUAUUGGGUCUGUGUAAGCAAGUUUCCAGGGGGAAGUUUUGGACGGAUUCUUGGGGCGAAAUGCCUGAGGAUACGGAUAUGGCGGUGAGUUUGGCUAAAGGGUUCACGAAAACGGCUCCUCUUCUCGUCCCCAUUUAUCGCCAUUUCUACAUCCCUUCCGCCCCGUGUUUGGCGGGAAACCCGGUACUCUACGUGCAUGGCGGGGAGGUGGAGAUACGGAGCUUCGAUAUCGCCGGAUUUUUUCAAACGGUGGAGUUCAGCAGGCGCGACGACGUCGUUUUCAGCCGGCCCAGCUUACCAAACUUGCCGAAUCCGCCGGCGUGGGCCGCGACGGAAGCGCGGAGGAUCGAAUUCUGGACGGAGUUAGUUGAGGCGCGUGGGAAUUACGGCGGCGGUGGUGGUCGGAAACACCGCCGGUGGUGGAGCGAGGAUUUGGAUGGGUGGGUGGGGGAGGUGGUACGGAGGUUGAGGGACGGUGGAUGGAAGGAGGAGGAUGUGAGAGAGAUGAUGAUGAUGGACGGCUGUGAUCAGUUUGACGAGAGACGUAAUGGCGGAGGCGAUAUAGAAGGUCUUAAGUUGUUAUCGAAGAUACUAUUGCGUGCGGGGUGGAGCACAGAAGAUGUGGUGGACUCGCUUGGGGACGAUUAUGAUUUCGAUCUUGCCGAUUCUUACUUCGAUUUCCAUCAAGGAGUAAUCAACGGUUUUGAUGAAAACACGGAGUAA